CGAUUUUCUAUAUAAAUAUACGGACCACUGGGUUAGGAAGCUUUAGGUAUGGGGUCGGGUCAUCUGACCACUCACUCUAACGAUAUCCACUUAUAUGAAAAGGGAGACCCCGAACAAUUAUCCCUUCAGUUGAACGGACUCGCCCUUUGCUAUUCAUAUUCAGUGUGUCCUUGUCUCUCGUCGGUUUAUACUCAUUUGAAACCUUUUGCCCGUCAAUAUUCCAGCGUCAGUCGCAUUACUGUAUAUACAUAUUUCUGAAAGCGCUCUUCACUCACCAUGGAUGAAAUCAACCCCCUUCCCGGCAACUACCAUCAAGCUCUCAAGCUUAUCGACGAGGCACACGCCCAGGAUCCGAGAUCGGUCGAGAGGAAGUCCGGUUCCGUGCCGUUUGAGCUCGAUUAUGCCCAGCAUAUGACACGCUGGCUGGCGGUCAGGGAACCUAGAGCGUCGCCCGUUUUGCAACUUGCAUGCCGGGCUCAGCAUUUCCGAAGAUGGGAAAUCCCGCGAAGCAGCUAUCCCAUGACUCGGCCCGGAUAUCUCACCUGGCGCGCCAAGCUCAAGUCCCAAGCGGCAAAGCAGGUGGCCGAGCUGCUCGCGGACGCUUCCAUCCAGCCUCCGCUGAGCCAGGAGGAGAUCGACCGGGUGGCCGCCCUGGUAAGGAAAGAGGAUCUCAAGACCGAUAGCGACACUCAGGUCCUUGAGGACGUCGCAUGCCUAGUAUUCCUGGACGAGCAGUUUGAAGAUUUUGAGAAGCGGGCGGACAUUGACGAGGAGAAGAUGGUGGGCAUCUUGAGGAAGACAUGGGGCAAGAUGAGUCCGUCUGGACAUGCGCUGGCCCUCCAGAUGCACUUGAGCGAACGGGCUAAGAUCCUGAUCGAAAAGGCUUUGGGUGUUUAGAAGUGAAAUUUACAUGUCGAAUGAAAGAGGAAGGAAUAACUUCAAGUCGAAUUCGGCGUUCAAACAGUGUAAAAACGUUUGACAUCGCAUAUGAUGUCUGCAAAAUGCAGAGAAGCGCUUGUAUGGUAGCGCUACAGGUAAUGUAGGGAGGGGGAGGACCCUUUUCAAUAGGGUGAUGAUGGCCUGUAUGGUAAGAAUCCCAGUACCGCUUUCACGACUCGGCGCCUAACUACAUUUCAUCGUUACAAAAGAAGCGUUGAAACCCGAAAAGACCAC